AUGGCGGCGUCCGUGAAACUAAGUGAGGCCGAUAUAUUUCAAGCUAAAGAACAUGCCUGCAGUCGCUUGGGCUUGAAUGCUCUCAAGAAACAACAAUCUGAAGCUCUUGAUGCCUAUCUCCGCGGGCACGACGUAUUUAUUUGCCUCCCUACUGGCUUUGGAAAGAGUGUUGUAUUCCAAGCAGCGCCGAUGUGUUGGGACUUCCUAAGCGGCAACAAUGUUGUCCCAGACGAUUCGAACAUUCCAAAAUCUCUGGCCAUAGUUGUUGUCCCCUUGAAGUCCUUAGCCAUGAACCAAUUGGAACGAUGUCAGGCGAUUGGUCUGGAAGCUGCCACUGCAAUUGCAGAGAUUUCGGAUGAGGUUUUAGAAUGUGCUGGUCAGGGAAAAUACUCUGUAUUGUUUGCCAGCCCGGAGGCUUUGCUGAGUGUCAAAGGUACUGAGUUGCUGCAACUUCAAUCUGUGUACAGUAGGGUGUGUGGCUUGUUCAUCGACGAAAGCCAUUGUGUUACUAAAUGGGGCCAAUCUGCAGGGAAAACAGCAGCAUUCCGAAAGUUAUAUGGGAACAUUGGACAACUGCGGAGUCGCCUCCAAAUGGAUACGCCAUUGAUUGCGAUGACUGCCACAGCCAGCAGUACUGUCAGGAAAGCUGUAGCAGACAGUGUCGACAUUAAGGGUCUUCACCAUGUUAUCAUGUAUGGAUCGCCAACUGAUCUCGAUGAUUACGUUCAGCUAAGUGGUAGAGCUGGGAGGGAUGGUCAACAGAGUUACUCUAUCCUGGUUAAAUAUCCAUCUGCAAGUGGCGUCCCCAUCAAGAAAGAGAUGCAAUCAUUCUUGAACACCGAUUCCUGCAGGAGAAACAUAAUUCAUACGGCGUUUCCUGGGGAACAUCAGGCAGCUCCGUGUAACAAGGCACACAACUGCUGUGACAACUGUGCGCGUACAUGUUCCUGUGAAGGAGACCAUUGUGCUUCACCAACAAAUUUUGUUGAGCAAAGUAUCAAGGAUGGCCUUUAUUCAGGGCCAAAAGGGUCUGAAGUCCCCUUGAGAGAUGUACCCAUUGAAGUACAGGACAAAAUAAGAGAAGAACUACUUCAGUUUCAAUCACAAGUCAAAGGGACAUCUUCAGCGGAGCAGCAGGAUGACCACAUCUAUGCGGGACAAGACAUUGUCUGCGGUCUGUCAAGUGCUACCAUCAACCAAAUUGGAUUAGGCAUCAAAGAGGAGGGUUACGCUAGUGCAAAUAGGGCUGGGUGA